AUGCUGGGUGAUGAAGGCAUCAACCUUAUCUGUGGGCUCCUGCCGCCUGACGGGGCCAAGUCCGGCCUCAAAGAGCUAACGCUGAGCGCCAACCCAGGUGUCACAAGCAAAGGCUGGGGACGCCUAGCCAUUGCAGUGGCUCACAGCUCCCAGCUCCGCGUACUGAACCUGGACUACAACCCCCUGGGCAGGCACUUGCUUGCCGUUGCUGUGGCCUCCAGUCGAACCCUCGAAGUUCUGGAUUUGGAGGGAACAGGACUCACCAACCAGUCAGCCCAGACCUUGCUGGACAUGGUAGAGAAUUACCCCACAGCCCUGCGGACACUCAUCCUGGCAGAGAACAACAUUAGUCCUGAGCUGCAGCAGCAGAUCUCUGACCUGCUCUCGGAGGGUGAGGAAGAGGAGGAGACGGAGGCUCGCGAAGUCACAACCAGGGAGAAGAACCCCUGGAUCUGCCAGAACAAUUCCAGCUCCCAGAUGGUGCUGAUGACGUCAGGCCUCGGUGACAGCCUCUUAGCAGAAACAGAAAUGUAGCUGGGCUACCCUGCCUGCUUCUGCCCCGAGCACACCUUUUGCCCCCCCCCCCCCCGCCCUCCCCGGGGGGCUCCCCCAGCCGUCUCCUCACGCCUUUCACCUCCUGUUGAUGCCUCCCUCGGCU